CUUCAAAUUUGAAUCACCAUUCAUCAUCAUCAUCAAAAUGAACGAAGCAAUGAUCAUGUCUAACGAUGGUAAUGAUGAGAUCAACAAUUCAUUGGAAAAACUUGUGGCCGAAAUUCAUGCAAUGAAAAAUGCUGAAUAUCGAUUAAUCGAAAACAAACUUAAUGAAGUUCAGAAUCGAGUGUUAACACGAAUCAAAACGAUUGAAUCAAAUUUGGCAAUUUUUGAAUCAAAAUCCAAACAAUUAUUUGAAAAUGUUGCCAAAACAAUGGAAACAAUACCAUGGGAAUGUAAAAUAUGUUUGGAAACGUUUGAUAAUCAAAAAGAACGUGAUGAUCAUCAAAAACAAUCUCAUAUUGAUGAUCAUCAAGAACAACCUCAAACUAAGAAUGAUCAUCAAGAACAACCUCAAAUUAAGAAUGAUCAUCAAAAACAAAAAAAUGAUAAACGAAAAAUUGUAAAUCCUCAGCCACAAUCUACGGAACCUUUAAUGAAUGAAUGUGUAUUCUGUGAAAAACAAUUCAUUAGUAAAGAUAAUCUACUCAGACAUAUCCGCAAGAAUAAAUGUUCAACACUAAAAUGUCAAUCAUGUGAAAAAUAUUUCAACACUUUGAAAGAAAUGGAUCUUCAUAAUGCUAUUCAUCAUAAAAUAUUUAAAUGUUCAAAAUGUAUGGAAAAAUUUAGGAAUAAAUCUCUACUUGAAAAACAUAUCAAAACGAAACAUGAUGUAAAAGUUUUAGUUAUCGAUUCUACUUCGUCGGGUGCUGAAUCUCCCGAAGAAUUCAUAGCAUCAUCAUCAGAUUAGCCAAGAUUGUAACACAAUAUUUCAAGAUUAAUUGAAUGGAAAAAUUUUAUACACCACUGGCCAUCAAACUUAUUUACAAUCAUUAUUUUUUUUUUUUUUUUUGAAUGUAUCAUGUCGAAAAGUUUGGAAUUCCUCAACAUUUUGUCCAUAAAAUAAAAUUCCAUAAUCAUCAUUUUUUUGAAAUUCAUUUGAAUUUGAAUGAAACAUUUGUCCUUGUUGUCUUGUUGUCCUUGUGAUGUUAAUGAUUUUUUGGUGAUGAAGGUAGCACAUGAUCAUCAUUACAAAACAAAACAUAGGACGACGACCAAUAAUCAGUUGAUUCAUCAAUGUGAAAAAAAUGUGAAAACGAAACAAACUUAGCGGAAUAUUUUCCAAUCAUAAAAUUUGUUGAAAGAAAACGAUUGUUUAUUUAUAUUCGAUAGUCUUGAACACCACCAGAUUAAUGUAGUUAUAAAUAGAGUGUAAUAAACAUUGUGUAUAAAACAAACGGAAUAUAAUUGAGAAAAAUAUUUCAUGCAAAACAUAUUGAACAUACACAGUAAACGCAUUUUUAAAAAUUGAAGCAACGAGAUGGCGUCGUUGUUGACUCUCUUAAAACUUGUUUUUUCCAUCCAUAGUCAUCGGAAAAAAAGAUCAUCUUAAAAUGAUCUAACACAAAAUCAUAAUGAUCAAAACAGUAGCCGAAGCCGAGUCCUAUUAUUCAAUGGUCCAAAAUAGUUCAGACGAAAUUUGAGUUUUUAAAAAUCGAAUUUAUAAGCGUCGUUGGUUCAGUGGUAGAAUGCUCGCCUGCCAACAAUUUCCGCCGGAAGUCCGGAAGUAGUUCGCGGGCGGCCCGGGUUCGAUUCCCGGACGACGCAAUGGGUCAAUUAUUUU